AUGUCCAACGAUUUUUCAGAUAAGAAGAAGCAUACCAUAGAUCGAAUCGAUCAGCACAUUCUUCGAAGGUCUCAACAAGAUGCCCAUUCCAGUGGGAACUCUCCAUGGAUGAAGGCCAAAUUGCCACCUCCGCCUUCUCCACAAGCCCAUAUGCACAUACAAAGCGAUUUAUCACCAACUCCAAAGAGACGAAAGCUAGUAUCUCCAAGUAUUAACGAAAACGAUCAGUUGCAUUUGUCAGAAAGUCACGAACAUAUAAGCUUAGAAGAUACACAAAGUAAGCUAAUGCAAAGUCUACCUGAAAUAUCUGCUUCAAACAGUAACAACGUAUCUCCAGUGACAAAAAGUGUAGCUUUUUCUGAUAGAAUAGAAUCGUCACCAAUUCACCACAUACCAGGUUCUUCACCAAAACCUUCUCCAUCAAGUAAACCGGGCAAAUCAAUUUUAAGGAACAGAAUGCCGUCGACGAGAACUGUAAGUGACCUAAGCUACAACAAACUCCAACAUUCUCAGCACCAGUUGCACAACGGUAACAUUUUUACAUCGCCUUAUAAGGAAACUACUGGAAUAAAUCCUCGUACUUUGGAUUAUUGGGUUAGCGGCGAAAUCCAUAGUUUAAUUGAUAACGAAAGCGUUUCAGAGUUUAAGGAUAUAAUUGAGGGUGGACUGAGCAUUCUGCGCCAGGAAUCGGAAGAAUAUGUGGCCAGAAGAUUUGAGGUAUAUGCGACAUUUAACAAUAUUAUCCCCAUUUUAACGGCAAAAAAUGUUAACGAAGUUGAUCAGAAAUUCAACAUUCUCAUCAUUAAUGUAGAAACUAUUAUCGAAAUAUGCAUGCCUCAUCUACAGAUGACUCAGGACACAUUGCUGAGUUUUAGUGAAAAGAAAAAUCCAUUCGUAAUCAGGCUGUAUGUUCAAAUGGUACGGUUUUUCGGGGCUAUUAUGUCCAAUUUCAAAAUCAUGAAAUGGCUAAUGAAAAGACCAGAUCUAGUGAAUCAACUGAAAGUUAUUUACGAAUGGACAAAUAAAGCACUAAAAAGUGAAAAUUCAAAUAAGAUAAUAAUUACUGCUCAAGUAUCUUUCUUAAGAGAUGAGAAAUUCGGUACUUUUUUCUUAAGUGAUGAGGAAAUCAAGCCAAUCAUUGACACUUUCACUGAAAUAAUAGAAAUCAAUAGCAACAACCUAAUAUGCGAAAAACUGCUACUCAUCAGAGGAUUUUUGAGUAAGUAUCCAAAGUUAAUGAUUGAAACAGUAACUUCUUGGCUACCAGGUGAAGUACUACCCAGAAUUAUAAUUGGGGAUGAGGUUUAUUCUAUGAAGAUUCUCAUCACUUCCAUAGUUGUGUUGCUGGAACUCCUGAAAAAGUGUCUAGACUUCGUAGAAGAACAUGAAAGGAUUUACCAAUGUGUUAUGGUUUCGCCUGUAACAGAAACAAUUAAUAAAAAGUUUUUAUCUAGAUUACCGUUAAACUCAAAUGAUGCUGGCGAUCUUGACAAAAUCACAAUAGGCCAUCUGCUGACGGAGCAAAUAAAAUAUUACAUUGUGAAAAAAAAUGACAAUAAACUAGCAAUGGACUUAUGGCUUUCCAUGACUGGACUGCUAUACGAUAACGGAAAGACAGUAUAUGAUUUGAUAUCGGAAUCCAGCAAAACAUGGUUCGAUCUAAAUCAUUUGUGCUUUAUGAACGAGCAACCGAAGACCCGCUUAAUGUCUAUUAAGGUUUGGAGAAUUAUUACUUACUGCAUUUGUACAAAAAUAUCUUUGAAAAAUGAAGAAAAGAACGAAAGGUUACUGUCACUAUUACAAACUCCUUUUCAGAUGACAUUGCCACACGUAAAUGAUCCGAGUGCUAGAGAAGGAAUCAUUUACCAUUUUCUGGGUGUCGUUUACACUGCAUUCACAAGUAAUAAAAAUUUAUCCAUGGAUAUGUUCAACCUUUUUUGGGACAGUUUAAUUGCCCCAAUUUAUGAAAAUUUUGUUUUCAACUAUAACUCUAUUCAAUUACAGAAUGUGCCCUUAACAGUUUUGCAUUUACUAAUUGGGGGUAAGAAUUCUGAUGUUGUGUUGGAGAGGAAAAACAAAAAGCAUAUUCAUUCUAUGAGUGUAAUAGCCUCAGAAGGUGUGAAAAUCAAAGACAUUUCGAGCUUACCUUUAUCAAUUAUCAAAUCCGCAUAUGACAAAAUUAUGAAGGUCGUGUUUCAGGGCGUAAAGACAGCCAUGUCUAAUGUCAACUUAGCCCAUGAUUUGAUUCUUACAUCUUUGAAACAUCUCCCAGAAGAUAGAAAAGAUCAGAGCCAUUUAGAGGCUUUCAGUAGUUUGAUUUUGGAAGUUGCAGAAAAUAACAAAGAUAAACCAAUUUUUCGUGAAUUUUUUGGAGCUGUAUGUUCUUCGUUUGUUCACGCAUUUUUAGACUUGUUCUUAAGAAAGAAUGAUUCAUCAUUGAUAAACUUCAAUAUCCGAUUUUCACAAAUCGGCAGUCCACAAGAAAAUAUAACACUUAACCUGUUGAAAGAUGUUAUUCGGAAAUCUCGGAACGAGACAUCUGAGUUUGUGAUAAUGGAAAAGUUUCUAGAGUUAAAGGAUAAGAAAACUGAAAUAUAUGCCCAGAAUUGGGUCGGUUCAAUACUGCUAGCGCCGAACAUAUCCUUCAAGGAAUUCCAAAGUUUGGCAGGCAUUGUAGAUCAAGUUCCAAACGAACACUCCAUUGAAAACUUUCUGGACCUGUGUUUGAAGCUCUCUUUUCCAGUUAACCUUUUUGCAUUAAUUCAUGUGUCCAAAUGGUCAAACGAUAAUUUUAUUUAUUUCAUUCAAAGCUACGUUUCAAAAAAUAAAAAUAAACUGGAUACGGAUCUAGUUGCGCUAUUAAAAACCUCUUUGCCAGGAAACACUGAGCUAUUCGUGGGUUUGCUUCCAUUUUUGAUACAAAACAAAUUCAUGAGUAUCUUGGAAUACUGUGUUUGCUCUAAUCCUAAUUUAUUGAGCUAUAUUUCUGAUGUCAAUUCUGAUUUACUACUGGAAUUAUUACCACGUAGUAGGACGUCCUAUUUCGUUGCAAAUAUACAAUCAUUCAAGCAUGCCGAACAGCUGAUCAUAAUUUGUUGGUUAUUGGAGGGCCAAGAACUUGAUCAGAUAAAUAAAAACUUUCCAGAAAUAAAGAAUAUCUUGUUACACACUCCUUCCGAUGAAUUGGAAAAAUCGAAUAUAAUUAGAGAACUUCUUCAACAAGCUACGAAAAAUCCAAUUGAACCGUUAUUUAGCGAGUUAUUGGACUUCUGCAUAGACAAUAGCACAGUGAAUAUUCUGGAUGAAUUCUGUGAAACUAUGAAUGAUGAAAUUCUUUUAAAAAUAAACCCGAAACUACUGUUGGGACUAAUAACGUAUAGAGGCAAGCCAAAUGAGGCUUUGCUAACAGUACUUGCUGAAAAUAUUGGGAGUGCCGAUAGCGAAUACAAGUUCGAGUUACUUGAAAAGAUCAUUGCACGCAAGGAACUUUCAAUUUUGGAAAGAUUGAAAGAAUCAUUUUUCAUUUUCUUGCUGGAUCCAGUUAGUAGGUCAAACAAGCAAAACCAUGACAAUGGUACUAAAAUGUUUUGCGAACUGGUUCUGCUAUACCUUACCAAACCUCUUUCCCGGGGUGCUGCUAAGAAAUUCUUUUCCAUGCUUAUUAGCAUAUUACCGGCAAAUCCUGACCGUCAAAGUAUAGAUUUGGUUCAUUUACUAGUUGAUAUUAUUAAAUCACAUAAUCGGAAGUUCAAAGAUAAAAGGACUUAUAAUGCAACAUUAAAAACGAUAGAAAAGUGGAUCCAUGAUUCAGAAGUAGCAAAUCAAAGAGACCCUGAUAAGGAGGCAGAUGAUACGCGCAAUGAUAUCUCAAUACACACACCACAAGGCUUAGAGAAUGAUAAGAGCGUUCCACAAAAUUUGCAAAAAGCAUCGAAUAUUGAAGAAAUUCAAGUUCCCGCUACACAAGGUAUAAAGGAUCUUCCGUCCUCAUCACAAUUACUUUUACGGGCUGAUGCAGAAGAUUUUUACAUAAGAAAGGUUAAAAACAUCCCAAUCAUGAAGCUCACACAGCAGGAAAUACCCUCUAAACUGGGAAGAUCAUUUACUGACGAGACAUUAGAAGAAGUGGAUAAUGAAAGCGUCGAAGAAAUAGAUCAACAGGCAAAAAGUACACAAAUAAAUAACGAGACUGUUAACCAUAAAGAUAUCCAAUACAGUAAGAGUGAUGAUACGGAAGUAUCAGAGCUUCAUGAAGAUGAUGCCGAGGAAAAUUCUUCUGAAGUGAAAGUGGGCCAAGAAGCAAAGACUUUUAUUGGUGAACAGACGGAAGUAACAAAAAAAGUUAUUGACACUAAAUGCGGUCAAAAUGUACAUACCGAUGACUCUCUACAGCGUUCUCCCAAAAUAAAUUCAGACUCUGAGGCUGAGAAAUCAAGGUUUCAGGUAAACGAAAUUAAGAAAAGUAAAAGGGUGGUGAGUGUUUCAGCUUCUGAACACGAAGCGAUAUCGCGUAGUACUAAGAGUAUAGAUAUCAACAUUAAAAAUGUGAUUAUUCAGCCAUCUUCUUCAACUUCAAAGGAUAUUAAAAACAUAGGGACCGGUUUUAGUCAAGACUUAUUAAUUGCCCCUUUGGAUUCCAAAGAACAACUCAUGGGUAAGGAUGACGUAAAAGAACAGGACCGGCAAGACUACAGGCGAGACGAACAUGGUUUUGCUCGUGAAGUUAAUAGCAAAUUGCUCACAGAAAGCUGGAACACACAUAAGCAACUUGUGGAUAAAAAAACUUCAAAAGAUGAUGCAAUGAAAGACAAAAGCCAAAUGUGUGCCAUUGGAGAAGCUACAUCAAUCAAUAAAAAAGAUAUGCAUAAUAAAAUUGGGAGCCCAGGUGAAAUUCUACUGCCAAAUACCUUUAUGAGAAAAGGUGAACCGAAAACUAGUACGUUGCAUUCUAGUGCAAAUGAACAUGAUGCGGUUUCGGGAGAAAAUCUGAGCCAUGAAAUAGAUACAAUGGGCAGUGAGAAGGGAAAUAAUGAGAGGACUUGUAACAUGCAGGGACAGUGUACUGUGGAAAAAGCUAGAGAAACUGGAACAACUAAGCCCAAUAAGGAGUUGAAUGGCCAGCACAAAGGUGGAAAAGAGGUCACCGCGAAGGACGACUUCGUUAUAGUUGAAGACCAUGGAGACGAUGAAGGCUUUUUAAAAACAAUGGAACAAGAAGCAUCGAGAGAAACAAGUCUCACAAAAGAAGAAUUUGAAGUAGCAGAUACUUCAGUGCUACCGGAGAUACGUAUACCUAUUUUCAAAUCCCUAAAAAUGCAAGAGCCAAAGAGCCAGACAGACCAGAUGAAAGCAAGGUUGAAAAAACAUGAAUUGAUGCCUCCCGAUUCACCUCCACGCUUGGCUGCAAACACCACUAUUAAAAAUGUAAAUACCCACUUGGUUGCAGUUGGAAAAGCACCAGAAGGAAAACAAGAAAAUGAUGGUAAAAUUCAUCUGGGCCAAGUGCAAAGAGAUACAGACGGUGAUCCGGCGGACGGGAACGAAGACGCUACUUCUAGGGAAGCUACGCCUUCAUUAAGGGUCCACUUUUCCUCAAAAAAGUCAAGAAAAUUAGUGAGCAGGUUAAGAGGUUUUACACCAGGAGAUUUGAACGGAAUAUCUCUAGAAGAAAGGAGAAACUUGAGGAUCGAAUUAUUGGAUUUCAUGAUGAGGCUCGAAUACUAUUCUAACAGGGACAAUGACAUGAACUGA